AUGGUACCUAUAAGCUGCCAAUCCCUACAACAGAUUCCGCUUUCGUAUGCAUCCUGCUCGAUAGGCUGCGCAGCCAGCGAUACACUCCCUCGCAAACUAGAAGCUAUCAGCAAAGCUGGCUUCCUCUCCAUUGAGCUUUCAUUUCCUGAUAUUCUCGAAUAUGGUUCACAGUUACUAGGCCAUAUUAUUGAUCCGGCGAAUUUCUCUGAGCUGAUACCCGUCGCCGGGGAGAUCCGCAAGCUAUGCGAUGCUAAUGCAUUAACUAUCAUGAUGCUUCAGCCUUUCGCGAAUUUUGAGGGCUGGCCACAGGGGUCGAUUGAUAGGGAUGAUGCGUUCGCGAGAGCUAAGGGGUGGAUCUCGAUUAUGAAGGUUGUUGGAACGGAUCUACUGCAGGUCGGAGCAACAGAUACACCUAAAGAGAAGAUCUCCACAUCCAGAGAGACCAUUGUCUCCGAUCUUCGUGAGCUAGGACAACUACUCGCAGAAAAUGACUUCCGAAUGGCAUACGAGAACUGGUGCUGGUCCACCCAUGCGCCCGGCUGGAAAGAAGUAUGGGAGAUUGUACGAGACGUCAACCUUCCCAACGUGGGCCUCUGUCUUGACACAUUCCAAUCCUGUGGAAGUGAAUGGGGAGACCCAACUACAUCUUCUGGCUUGAUUGAAAGCAUACCGAAGGAUCAACUCAAAGCAAAUUUUGAUGCGAGCAUGCAAGAUCUGAUCCGUACUGUGCCCGCAGACAAGAUCUAUCUGCUUCAGAUCUCAGAUGCGUAUAAAGUCUCGCCACCUUUGGAGGAUAAGGUUAUUGGGGGUUUGCGUCCUCGUGGUCGCUGGAGUCACGAUUAUCGACCUAUGCCAUAUGAUGGUGGGUAUUUACCAAUCGAGGACUUUGCGAGGGCUGUACUCCAAACUGGGUUCAAGGGAUGGUUCUCCAUGGAGAUUUUCGAUGCAGGACCUCAAGGGAAAGGGAAGAAGUAUGAGAUGGAGGCAUUUGCGAAGAAGGCUAUGGAAAAUAUGCAGAAGUUACUGAAGAAUUGUGCUACAGAAUGA